AGAACAGAGGUGACCAACUGUGGUAUCGCUUCCCGCGCGCCGGUGUGUUGGUGUCCGUUUCGGUGAUCGCGAUCCCGGCCGCUUCCAGCACCGUCCACCGAUCAGUCACCAAAACGCUCUCCAAACCCCUUAUCAGCACCGUUCGCUGAUGUGAACCCCCGUUCAAACCCCAAAUGCAGUGUUUGUAUUGCUGUGUGUAUGUGUGCGUGCGUGUGUGUGGAAAUUCUAUAAAAGUAGGCACCCGUGGCCGGGAUCCGUUAUUCCCGUCCUGAGGCCCGCCCGGGAUCGCUGGUGACGACAGACGAGCCGCUGUGUGACGUACGUAGUGCCCGAUCGGUAAAGAGUGAACCGUCUUCUCUGCAGUGUUGGAGAGAACGGUUUCAUCUUUUUCGCCCACACCCCCCCGGUUACAUUCCAUGUUGAACUGUAAGGUGUAGUGAACAUUUCCUGAGUGUGGAAAGUGUGGUUUAGUGCGUGAGAGUGCACGGACACGACACGGAACGAUGUGGGUCCUCGGUGGAAGGAGGCUGCUCUGGAGCUUCCUGGUGUCGCUAGUGCUGAUUCAAAGUGUGUCCGCAGCAUCGUGCAAGUCGGGAUGCCCAGCACCUAACAAAUCCAGCAAGUACACGUUCAAGCCCGGUUUCGUAUAUCAGUAUGAUGUGGACAGCUAUGUGCAGCUUCAGCAGUCGGACAAGGAGAACAAGCAGACCACGCUGAAGGUCGACGGCAAGGUGGAGGUGUACGCCGGCGACAACUGCCAGUACACGCUGAAGGUGGUCUCGCUGACCUCGUACGCACCGGACGGCAAGAAGACGGCGUUCGGGGCCGACAUCAGCAAGCCGGUCCAGUUCACGCUGUCGAACGAUGAGCUGCUGCCCGAGAUCUGUACCGAAGCGGACGAUACGGACUUUUCGCUGAACGUGAAGCGUGGUUUGAUUUCGCUGUUCCAGGUCGCGCAGGAGAAGAGCACCGAGACGGACGUGUUCGGCGUGUGCCAGACGUCCUUCUCGAGCUACCCGUCCGGCGAUGCGACCGUCGUGGAGAAGGUGCGCGACCUGGGCAACUGUGCCUACCGCGAAUCGCUCUCGAACAGCUUCGUGACCCGCAUCGUCAACAGCAAGGCCGGCAUCAAGUCGACGCCGCUGCUGCAAAGCUCGUACAAUGCCCAGCAAACGAUCAAGGGUGGUCUGCUGUCGGCGGUCAAGCUGUCGGAGGAGUACCAGUAUCUGCCCUACCUGAAGGACAAGGUUGGCGUGACCGCGAAGGUAACGACGAAGCUGACGCUCACCGGCAACAAGGCGGGUGCUGCGCCGGCCCUCGGCGCUGCGAGUGAGCCGCGCACGAUCAUCUUCGAAAAUCCCGACCAGCAGCCGGCCGGCAAUCUGGCCGUCAUCAAGCAGGAGCUGAAAUCGACCGUCGAAUCGUACACGAACGGCAACGUGGGCAAGAAGACGGCCAACCUGUUCGUGGAGCUGAUCCAGCUGAUGCGCUACUCGAAGAAGGAGGACCUGCUGACGCUGUACAACCAGGUGAAGGCGGGCAGCGUACACUCGAACAAGUCGCUCGCGCGCAAGGUGUACCUGGACGCGCUGUUCCGCGUGGGCACGGGCGAUGCGGUCGAAGCGAUCACGCAGCUGUACAAGAACAAGGAGCUGACCGGUGCGCAGGAGCAGAAGCUCGCCUUCGUUUCGCUCACGCUGGUACAGUCGAUGACGCAGGAUGCGCUGAAGGCGGUCAACAAGCUGCUGGACGGCAAUCCGCCCCGCGAGGCGUACCUGAGCGUGGGUUCGCUGGUGAGCAAGUACUGCCAGAAGCACGGCUGCCAGUCGUCGGAUGUGAAGGAAAUCUCGAACAAGUUCGGCGCCAAGCUGGGCAAAUGCCAGUCGACGUCGCGCGCCCAGGAGGACGUGAUCGUGGCGGUGCUGAAGGGUGUCCGCAACUCGGACAAUCUGGUCGCCCCGCUGCUCGAUAAGGUGAUCCAGUGCGCCGGUCCCGAUGCUUCGUCGCGUGUGCGCGUGGCUGCCCUGCAAGCCUACCCGGCCGCUUCCUGCAACAAGAAGAUCGUCAACGCGGCGCUCAGCACGCUGAAGGACACGAACGAAGACUCGGAAAUUCGCAUCCACGCGUACCUGUCGCUGGUCGAGUGCCCGUCGGCGAACGUUGCCAACGAGCUGAAGGCACUGCUGGACGCGGAGAAGGUUUACCAGGUCGGUUCGUUCAUCACGUCCCAUCUGGCCAGCCUGCGGGCGUCGGUCGAUCCGACGCGGGACGCUGCCCGGCAGCACUUUGGCAAGAUCCGCACCUCCAACAAGUUCCCGUUCGAUGUGCGCCGCUACUCGUUCAACCGGGAGUUUUCGUACGCGGUCGAGUCGCUCGGUGUCGGCGCCAGUGCCGAGACGAGCGUGAUCUACUCGCAGAAGAGCUUCCUGCCGAAGUCGGUUGGACUGAACUUUACGGCCGAGCUGUUUGGCAAUGGGCUGAACGUGUUCGAGCUCGAGGGACGCCAGGACAAUCUGGAACGGCUGGUGGAGCAUUACUUCGGACCGAAGGGCUUCUUCUCCGGCAUGGACAUGCAGGCGGCGUACGAUCUCCUGGCCGAACAGUACCAGAAGCUGUCCGGCAAGGCGAAGGAGCGCUUCCGCCGCGGCAUCCGCGAGGACAUCCGUGCGCUGGCCCGCACCGUCGAUCUGCACAAUGACGCGCUGAAGGACUUCAACCUGGACGUUACGAUGAAGGUGUUCGGCUCGGAGCUGUUCUUCCUGAGCACGGGCGAGAACGUGCCGACCGAUCCGGAGCAGUUCCUGGACAAAGCGCUUGAAUGCUUCGACAAGAUGAUCGAAGGGGCCAAGAAGUUCGAGCACACGUUCGAGCACCAUGCCCUGUUCCUGGACACGGAUCUGGUGUACACUACCGCUCUCGGUCUGCCACUGAAGCUUUCGGCGCAGGGUGCCGGUGUGGCGCGUGUCGAUGCCGCUCUCGAGCUGGACGUCAAGAGCCUGGUGAAGGACUACAGCAACGCCAAGUUCAACACGAAGUUCCAGCCAAGCGGCAGCUUCGAGGUGACCGGAACGAUGAGCGUGGACGCGUUCAACGUGAUGACGGGCAUGCAGGUGGCCGUGUCGGGCCACUCUUCGGGCGGUGCGGCCGUCAAGUUUGCGCUGCACGAUGCCACCGCCUACGAUCUGACGGUCGACGCGCUCCAGGGCAAGCAGGAGCUCGUGUCGGUCAACUUCCGCGAGGUGAUCAUUACGCGCGAACGGGGCAACCAGCUGAUUACGCUGCCCGCCAAACGCCAGGACUUUGGCUCGAAGUUCAGCGAGUGCUUCGACAAUCUGUACAGCGUGAUCGGUGUGACGGUGUGCGCCGCACACAAGGUCGACCAGGAGGAGCUGUUCGAGGUGUACCUGGAGGUGGAGCCGAAGUUCCACUUCUCGGGCAAGUUCGACAACUCGAACCCGCAGCACCUGCAGCUGUCCCUCAGCUUCGAUACCCCCGGGUCGCAGACGAAGCGUCUGACGAACCUGCGACUGGAGGGUGUGACCGCCGGCGAGCUGUACGUGAAGGCGACGCUCGAGUCACCGAUCCGCAACGUCGACUUCAAGCUGGGAGUAAACAACAACGACAAGGAGGUGGCCCUGUACGCCGUUGCGCACAAUGGCGUGGAGGAGUACCUGGCCAAGAUUGGCUUCCAGAAGGGUGCGUCCGGUGGGCGCGAUGAGUACGUGCCGAUCUUCACCAUCCGCUCGCCGAACGGCGACGCCCAGGUGUCCAAGUUUGUGCAGACGACCGGCAAGAUCGUGGUGGAGAGCCUGGAUGGCGGCAAGCGCAAGUACAACCUGGAGAACAUCGAGUGGACCAGCCCGUACGCCCCGAAGACGACCAUCAACGGGCACGUCGUGUCGAACGGCGAGCGUAGCUUCGAUGCCAACGUGGACGUGAACGUCGGUGACGUGAAGAACAACGUGGUGGGCCAUCUGGACUUUGAUCUGAAGCACGUCAAGCUCGACCUGGAGAAGAAGACGCCGAGCGAUGCGAACAAAAACUUCAAGGUCAACCUGGAGGUGGCGUACACGGACAACUCGUUCAAGAACCUGUUCUCGUUCGCCAGCGGCAAGGACUUCAACAAUCCCUCGAACAAGUACGAGCUGAGCCAGUACGCUGAGUUUGAGCUCAAGCCCGAGGCGCAGGGACUGGAGUCGCUGAAGCUGGAGAACAAGCUGCAGCUGCCGAAGCAGCUGAUCCGACUGGACUUUGCCACGAACAAGAACAAGUUCUACCUGGACGGUGAGUACGGGUACGACAAGUACAAGAUUGCGGCGAACGUGGAUGCGAAGUACAACGAGAAGACGCCCGGGGAUUACGAUGUGCAGCUGGGCGGUUCGCUCAACAAGCACUUCUUCAAGUUCUUCUCCAAGCGCAUCGUGGAGGCCAACAAGAGCCGCUUCAGCAACAAGCUGACGGCCAGCACCGGUACCAAGUUCGAGCUGAACGGUGCCGUCACGAACCGCUUCACCAGCCAGGAUGGUGAGCUUAACCUCGAGGGAUCUCUCAUCGCUGUCGAGAAGGCUUCUCCUUACAAGCUUUCUUUGACAGUUCAGUUCUCGGCCGCGAACGUCCUCUCCAACGCCAAGGUGCUGGUGGAUAAGGAAGAGUUCGCUACGUACGACUUCAAGCUAGAGCGGGGACAGGAUCCGAACGGCAAAUUCACGUUUGUGGUGAAGGACUUCUUCAACGGAAAUGGUGAACUAAAGUCGGCCAAGGGUCAGGGUGAGCUGUUCGCCCUGGUCACGUUCGUCAAGCAGGACCGCAAGGUGAAGCUGGACAGCAAGUUCAAGGUGAACGCACCGGUGUACGAUGUGGCUGCCGAUUUCUACUACGACUUUGAGAAGGACAACAGCAAGAAGGUACGCUUCGAAACCAAGAACAAGGUCACCCAGACCAGCUUCGACAGCAAGAACAAGGUGGAGGUGUUCUCGGAGAAGUACGAGCUGAACGUACAGAGCCAGGGCAACCCGAAACCGGUCGAUGGCAAGUUCAACGUCAAGGUCAGCCUGCUGCUCCCGACCGGACGCCAGUUCGGCGGCGAGUUCCAGCGCGAUGCCUCGACCAAGGACGAGAAGCGCUCCGGCAAGAUGGCGGCCAGCGUGUACGACAAGCAGCCCGGUGGCAAGAAGCGCUCGGUCGAGUGGGCCGGCGAGCUGAAGGAUAUGGACGUGAAGACGAAGUUCUUCGACGCGGUGCACAAUGUCAAGUACUCCGAUCUCGAAGGCAAGGAUGUGGUGCUGGACGUGACGCUAAAGCAUGCGCCGGCUGGUAGCUACAAGUCGGCCGCCGGUAGCUUGAAGGUUUCGGGCAGCUUGCUUCCCCAGGUGACGGAACUGAGCGUGGUCGUCGAUGAGUACUGUGAGCAUCACGCCAAGUACCACGUCAACGGCAAGUACGGGGCGGACUUUACGGCUGCACUGGUCGGUGGGUACCACACCGGAGGGCACGGCAAGCCGGCCACCCACGACCUGAAGGUUGACGUGGGUGCUCCAUCGUACAAGGUGGGCGUAUCGUCCAGCGGCAAGUACCUGCAGCCAGAGUCGGACGACGGUGUGUACGAGCUCGACUACAGCGGAUCGGUCGACUUCAACGGCAAGAGUGCGUCGGUGUCGACGCAGGCCAAGGGCAACUACAACCGUGGCAAUGGAAAGCUGAACCUGAACCUCCCGAACGUGGACCCGAUCGCGGCCGAAGGUUCGUACACGUACGACGCGAAGGAGGAGGGACCGUUCCAGACGAACGGCGCCCUGAAGGUGUCGUACGGUGCGGGCAAGAACUUUGAGUUCACCGGCACCGCCAAGGCCCCGUCGAUGGACGAUAUCCAGGUGCACGCGACGCUCAAGUCGGAGUUCGAGAACGUGCGCAGCGUCGACCUGACCUUCAAGCACGCCAAGUCGAGCGACAGUGCGUACAACACGAAGCUGCAGCUGACCGCCGACGACAAGAAGUUCAGCGUGGAGAACGCGGUGGUCGUGUCGGAGACGAACCCGUCCGUUGACUUUACGCUCGGCUAUCCGGGCAAGACGGUGAAGGUGUCGGGCAGCUACAAGGCGCUCGGCCACAGCGCAUUCAAGGCGGACGCCAAGGUGCAGAACCUGGCCAACUUCGACAUGGAAGCGAACGUGGAGGCCAACUUUGACAGCUACCAGACGUUCUACGUGAAGCUGUACGGCGAUGCGCCGAUGCUGAACACGAACAAGUUCUCGGUGGAGGUGAACGCGAAGCCGGGCUCGAACGGCAAGGGCGUUAACUUCCGCGCGUCCGAGGGCGGUAAGGACAUACUGAGCGGCUUUGCCGACUACUCGGUGAAGGAGCAGGGCAAGGCGAUGGUCAUCGAGGGCCAGGGCAACGUGAAGCUGUACGACAAGCAGCAGACCGCCACCUUCAAGCUGAUCCGCGAGAAGCUGUCCGAGUCGGGCAUGUCGGCCACGCUGACGGCCUCGGUGGGCAAGUUCACCGUGCUGCACGAGUCCCGCGUCCAGCCGAACGAUUUCCGCGUCAAGACGAGCGUGUGCGACGAGAAGAAGAAGUGCACCAAGCUGGAGCUGCUCUCGAAGCUGGAGCGCGCGGCCGGUGCGUUCAAGCACGAGGCGCUGGUGUCGGUGGAGGUGCAGCAGAUGGGCUACGAGCACGAGUUCGGCCUGUCGGCCAAGACGAGCGCCAACGGGCUGAAGUUCGACCACACCACGGACGUGCAGCUGAAGGAGAAGAACCAGCCGAAGUACCAGUACCUGUUCUACGUGCAUCCGACCUCGGCCGGAGCGAGCCUAAUACUGCCGACGCGCACGGUCGCCGUGGAGGGUGUGCUGAACCUGCCCAAGGACAAGUUCGGACCGUUCGACGGCAGCGUGUCGUUCUAUCUGGACAAGAAGAACGAGCCGGACAACAAGGCCACGUUUGCGGUGCGCGGCGAAACGAAGAUGCUCGGCUCGACCGGCGUCAGUGCGAACGGUGCGCUGACGUUCUCGCAUCCGACGAUCAAGGCGCUGGCCAUCCGGGCCAAGGGUACGCUCGAUGGGGACAAGCAGACGGCGGACGGAUCGGUUGAGUUUGACGUGUUCAAGAAGGCCGGCGACAAGAUCGUUGCCAAGGUGCGCUACGCCAACAGCGACCAGUCGUUCAAGGGCUUCAACAUCACGACCGAGGCAAGCGUGUCAAGCAAGGGCCUGGGGCUGAAGUGUGGCUUCAGCGGCCACUCGGCCAUGUCGCUCGCAACCCGCCAGGCCAGUGCGGCCGGUUCGCUCACGCUGCCGUUCGAGGGCUACACGUUUGGCUCGUACUUCUUCGGCAGUCCGGAAUCGUUCGACUUCCUGCUGACCCGCUUCGGGGACGACUUUGUGCGCGCGCACGGCACGUACGAUGCGAAGAAGUACCGCGGCGACCUCACCUCCACCUUCAAGUUCCUGCCCAACCGGCCGGUGGUGUUCGAGUCGCAGCUGAACGGUCUGUCGUCGGCCAAGUUUGCCUUCAAGCAGGACCAGUUCUUCAGCGCGGACGGUACGUUCGGCGUGGACAAGGCGAUGGUGCUGAAGGUGAUGGGCGAGGGUAAGCCACUGCUGAACGCGAAGGUAACGCUGGACGCCAGCCACUUCCUAUCGACCGAGUACAAUGUGGACGAGGCGAACGCGAAGGCGUUCCUGGUGUCGCUCAAGAACCAGCUGAACGCCGACUUCGAGGUGACGCGGGCGGACGUCAGCCAACGCUACGCCAAGCUGGCCGAGGAGCUGAACAAGCUGUCGACGAACCUGGUGAGCGCGCUGCCCGAGUUCGGCAAGUUCCAGGAAAGCUACGCCAAGCAGCUGCAGAAGCUGCAGGAGGACAUCAUGAGCGAUCCGGCCCUGGCUGAGUUCGUGAAGGCUGCCACCAAGAUCUUCCAGCAGGUGAGCGAAGUGUUCGGCCAGCUGUCGCAGGUGUACGUGGAAAGCUUCCGCAAGAUGUCCGCCCUGGUGAACGACGUCGUCGCCCAGCUGAUGGAAACGUUCAACACGAAGGUACUGCCGGCGCUGAAGGAGCUGUCCACCAAGGUGGAGGCGAUCUUCUUCAACGUGUACGAGGAGACGGUCAAGCUGGUGGUGGCCGUGUUCGAGCGCACCGUCAAGGCGCUGAAGGUGUUCGAGGAGGACUUCAACAAGAUCGCCACGAGCGUGUCGGAGCUGUUCCGCACGUUCGCGCAAACGUUCAGCAAGGCCGUCCAGGUGCUGGAGAAGGAGCUGAAGGAGCUGUACAAGCUGGUGCAGGAGUACUUCGACACGUUCGACGAGUUCAAGGCGGUGAAGGAAACGUUCAAGGAGUACUUCGACGGGUUCGACCGGUACGCGUACCAGCUGCUGAAGGAGCUGCUGUCGCUGGUCGAGGCGGUCUACCCGAUGCCGGAGGUGACCGAGCUGACCACCGCGAUCAACAAGUACAUCACCAGCAAGCUGGACAACAAGCCGGUCAACGAUGUGGAGGAGCUGAAGACGCUGUUCGUGAGCCUCGUCAAGGUGCUGAACCAGGCGGUGGAGCGCCUCAUCGCGGGAGUGAACGUGCAGCUGUCCGAGCCGACGUUCGGCAGCGACAGCUUCACCUCGUUCGUCACCUUCAAGUUCCUGCCGUACGUGUCGAGCAUCCAGUUCAGCCCGUGGAACUUUGUGCGCAACGAGAAGUUCUACUCGGUGCGCGACCUGAUCCACCAGCUGCGCCUGUACGCGUUCAAUCCGUUUGCGCGCGUGCCGAUGUUCCACAUGCACGCCCAGCUCGGCGACGGUGGCCACUUCUUCACGUUCGACGACAAGCACUUUACGUUCGCGGGCAGCUGCUCGUACCUGCUCGCGUCCGACCUGGUCGACGGUAACUUCAGCAUCGUGGCGGACAUGGACGGCGGACGCCUGAAGUCGGUGACGCUCGUGGACAAGGACUCGACGGUCGAGCUGACCGCCAAGGCGGUGGUGAAGUACAACGGCAAGGAGACGGAUCUGCCCAUCCACCAGAAGGAUGUGUACGUGUUCCGCAAGUACUACACGGUCACGGUCGGCACCAAGUACGGUGCGCAGGUGAUGUGUACGACCGACCUGAAGAUCUGUCACUUCUUCGUGUCCGGGUUCUACUUCGGGCGGCUGCGCGGUCUGCUCGGCAACGGCAAUUACGAGCCGUACGACGAUCUGGCGGUGCCGAACGGCAAGAUCACCGAGGUGUCGACGGACUUUGCGAACAGCUACAAGACGAGCCAGGCGUGUGCGGCAGUCGCCGACCACGGUCACGAUUCGCACGACCACUCCAGCCCGACCUGUGCCAAGUUCUUCGGCUCGGAGUCGUCCCUGAAGCUGUGCUCGUACCUGCGCGACCAGACCGGCUACAAGGAGGCGUGCAACCAUGCGGCGCACGAUGCGGGCGAGAAGGCGGACGAGGCCGCUUGCGGCAUUGCCCGGCUGUACGUGUCCGCCUGCACGCUGUACGGCAUCCCGACCGUGCUGCCCAGCCAGUGCGAGAAGUGCUCGACCGACGAGGGCCGCUCGGUCGAUCUGGGCGACUGGUACUCGGUGAAGGCGCCGCAGAAGAAGGCCGACGUGGUGGUGGUGGUCGACACGUCGCUCGGCACGCUGCUCGGCGAGCUGGUGCAGUCCACGAUCAACGAUCUGCGCAAGGAGCUGAAGGCGACCGGCAUCAGCGACGUGAACGUUGCGGUGAUCGGCUACAGCAAGACGGACAAGUACACGAGCCUGUUCUCGAACGGCGGCAAACUGGACUACACGGGCAAGCUCGGCCAGGCCGACGUCAGCAGCGGACCGAAGCAGUGCCGCGGGCUGGUGACGGGCAUCGAGUCGGUGGACGCGUUCCUGCAGCUGCUGCAGAAGAUGGGCGAACAGUCGCGCGAGAACUUGGGCGCUACGACCGAGGUGUACGCGCUGCGCCGUGCCUUCAGCUAUCCGUUCCGUGCCUCCGCCAGCAAGUCGGUGCUGGUCUUCCGUUCCGAUUCGUUCGAAAUCGCUCAACCGGGAAGCGCAAUGAGCGCCGCACUGGGCAUGGCGAACGUUAAGGCGCGCGGCAUCAUGUUCAACAUGGUCGCUCCGCUCAAGAGCGUCGGACUCACGAACACCAAGGACCAGUCGAAGGUCAAAUCGAUUGUUGGCUUUAACGAGCGCGUCGUGUACCACAUGAACGACAAGAAGCGCACCCUGGGUUCGGCCGAGAUGAAGAAGUCGCUCAAGUACGACGAUGUGGUCGCCGUGUCCGCCGUCGAGCGGUUCGGCGGCAACUUCUUCGUGCUGCAGAACUACGCCCAGCAGAAGACGCCGAAGGACAAGAAGCAGUACAUCUCGAUCGUGGCGGCCGUGCUGGCCGACCAGCUGUCCCGCACGGAGACGACGAACGAUUGCGUCUGCUAUCUGCGCGGUGGGCUGCAUCCCGAAUCGCUCUGCACCGCCUCCGACAUGCAGGUGCUGCCGCCAGCGAAAAAAGCCGGUGGUGCCAAGGGAUAAGACCUAGUCCUCGACCAACAUCCGUAGAGGUUAUUUAUUGCGGUAAGAAAGCGAAACAGUGUGCACUCAUCGCACCAACCAACACCAACACAGGGCAGCGAAGGAGUGCAGUCGCAGGCGGACGGUCCAUAGAGUCCUAAGGUCCUGCUAGCAGCGGAAGCUGGAUACGAAAUAGACGUACAACAAGGCAAUGUAUCUUCUACCAACGCACUGUUUCUAUUGUUAAGAUCGUAUUGUGUCUGAUUUAAUAAAGUAAUGUGACUUUACAAACAAUAA